AUGGCGACAAAUCCCACCAUUCUCUUCUCGAUUGGCGCAUGGUUAACCCCUCUUACCUUUGACGCUGUUCGUGCGAGACUCUCAGAGAAGGGCAUCCCAUCUGAAACACCCGCACACCCUUCCAUCGGUGCCGAGCCCCCAAAUAAGACCCUGACAGACGACGUCGCGUCUCUGAAGUCCGUGUUGCAAAAGCUGGUGGAAGUGGAGGGAAAGGAUGUGGUUAUCGUAGGGCAUUCCUACGGCGGUGUAGUUGCCUCCUGUGCUGUCGAGGGCCUCGCCAAAGCGGAUCGCGAAGCAGCCGGACAAGAAGGUGGUGUUGUCAGAAUAGCAUACAUGGCUGCGUUUGCCCUCGAUAAGGGACAAAGUCUCCUUGAUAUGCUCGGCAGCCAAUACCUGCCUUGGAUGGAGGUGAAUGGUGACAAUGUCCUCUGCAAUGCCGGGCCUAGUGCUGCUUUUCAUGAUUUGACCUUGGAAGAGCAGCAAAAGUGGUCAUCCGAACUCGAGCAUACUUCGCGCGCGGUCUUUUCAGGAGCAUCCACAUACGAACCUUGGCAUUGGAUUCCUUCUACCUAUAUCCUCUGCGAAGAAGAUCAAGCGCUUCCGCUCCAAUUUCAAAAAAUGAUGGCAGCGAAACUGGGAACUGAUCUCACGUACCGGCUCAAAAGUUCUCACUCGCCGUUUCUGAGUAUGCCGGAUAAGCUGGCUGACGCUCUGGAGGACUUGGUUGGCAAGUCCCAAUCAACUGGGUAUGACUCCGAGUCCGGGGCUACUGGUCGUGCUCCUUCAGAGGGCAGCUCGACGCAGGAUGAAUGA